AUGGAUACAUCAUGCAAGAAAUCUCCUUUGAAGCCAUGGAAGAAAGGGCCAACAAGGGGCAAAGGUGGCCCCCAAAAUGCUUCGUGCGAGUAUCGAGGUGUUCGGCAACGAACAUGGGGAAAAUGGGUUGCCGAGAUAAGAGAACCAAAGAAGAGAACUAGGCUAUGGCUUGGUUCUUUCGCCACAGCAGAACAAGCUGCUAUGGCUUAUGAUGAGGCUGCAAGGAGACUCUAUGGACCAGAUGCAUACCUAAAUCUUCCUCACCUGCAACCUCAUUCUGUUUCAACUAUCAAAACUGGGAAGUUCAAGUGGCUGCCUUCAAAGAAUUUCAUUUCAAUGUUUCCUUCUUGUGGAUUACUCAACAUAAACGCUCAGCCUAGUGUUCAUUUAAUCCAUCAGAGGCUACAGGAGUUUAAGCAGAAUGCAGUUGCUGCAACUCAAUCACUUUCUAGUUCGUCGGACGAUCCAAAGAAAGAAGAAACUCAGAAUGUACUAGACAGCAAGAAGAAUCAUGCAACUCAGAAUGUACUAGACAGCAAGAAGAAUCAUGCAGAUGAUCCGCCAAAGAAAAAUGAUGUUGAGACUUCGGUGAAUAAGAUGGUUGGCAAUCUGCAGGAGGAGAAACCACAGAUAGACCUACAUGAGUUUCUUCAACAGCUGGGAAUACUGAAAGAAGAAACACACUCCUCGGAACAAACUGAGAGUUCAGGAAGUUCAACAGUGCAUGAAGCUGUGUCAAGAGAUGACAAUGAUCAUUUGGGAAUAUUUUCAGACAUGAAUAUUAAUUGGGAGGCAUUGAUUGACAUGCAUGGAAUUGAAGAUAUUCAGGAAUCAGAAGCCACGCCGUUCGAAGCAUUUGACCCGAAUGACCAGCUUAAUUUCUCAACUUCCAUUUGGAAUUUUUAA